UGGUCCAGGGCCUGAGCCACUUGGAUCCCGUUGCGCAUGCUCACCGCCCUCUUCCAGGACGUGCACCUGCUUGGAGAGUCCGCCGUUCGACCUAGCAUCCUACCUGAGCAUCGCGCACCCAGCCAUGACAGCACACUCCUUUGCCCUCCCUGUCAUCAUCUUCACCACGUUCUGGGGCCUCAUCGGCAUCGCUGGGCCCUGGUUCGUGCCCAAAGGACCCAAUCGCGGGGUGAUCAUCACCAUGCUGGUGGCCACUGCUGUCUGCUGUUACCUCUUCUGGCUCAUCGCCAUCUUGGCUCAGCUGAACCCCCUGUUUGGUCCACAACUGAAGAAUGAGACCAUCUGGUAUGUGCGCUUCCUGUGGGAGUGACCACUGAGAGUGAUCAGCUGGCUUCUGGCCCCAGGUACCCUGCUGUGGAUGGCCCAGCCUUGAUGUCCCUGGAGACCCUGCAUUCCCACUGGCCCCACCCAUCAGUCAACCCUCCUGUGUUCUCCAUGCCAGCGCUGUGGGAUCCACACCCUCAGAGCCAUCCUGGUUUCAGUUUCCCAGCCAUUAGGGGGACUCAUUUGGGAAAGCCCUGUGCUCAGUCUGGCCACAGCAGGAGCCAACUUGUGCUUAAAUCCCCUUUAAGGCA